AUGUCCGACAACGCCCCCAACGCCGGCAUUGCCCACCGCCGCAGCUCCAUCACACAGGCUGCCCUCUCCAACCUCUUCCAGCGCGGCCCCUCCAACGUCAACGGCCCCCCGCUGCCCGGCGCCCCAAGCAUGACCGACCCUCGCGGUCGCCGUCUCUCCGUCAGCACCAUUGGCCUCUCUGGCACCUCUCCCACCAAUCCCGCUGCCUUUGUCCGUCGCGAGAGCGUCUCCACAAACUCCAACUCGGGCUCCAUUGACGAGUCCGCCGUUGAGGACGACGAAUUUGCCCCCGCCAGCGCUAGAACCGCUCCCAACACACCCUUUACUCGACGCAUGAGCUUUGGUGGCUCCGCCGGCUCCGGCUCCCUCAGAGGCCUUCGCCCCUCAGGAAGUCCUGGCAACGGUAAUACCAACCCAACAUCUCCUCCCCCUGCCAGCCAGCAGAACCCCGGCCCGCCCCAGCCCCAGCCCGUCCUCGGCCGCCGUCCAUCCACCAACAAGUCUCCGCCCAUGGCCGCCUCGGCGAGCUGGUCUGUCUCCGGACGCCGCCCCAGCUCCGUCCUGUCGUCUUCCCUACCACAGGCAAGCUUCACCAUGCACAAAAGAGCCCCUUCUGACUAUGCAAAUUCUCGAGCAGACCAGCAAGGCUUCAACUGGUCCGAGCAGUUAAGAUCUCGCGCAGAGAGCUCCGUCGCCGGCGCCCGGCCUUCCUUUUCAUUCGCCUCCAGCUCGCCCCCUAGGAUGCCACAUGAUCGUGCCAGGUCCGUCUCCGAGAUGACCUCGCCGCCGACCCAGGCCCCUCCGCCCGUCCAGCCGCGGCCGCAGAAGCCCAAGCCCGACGCAUUCCAGGAGAGAAUUCUCAAGGGAGAUUUCUAUAUGGAUUAA